GAGUUGGAGUCCACAAGGCUCUUUCUUCAAGCAGUGGACAAGUAUGUGGCCGAGCCCCUCUAUCAGGCCAACUCAUGGCUCAAUGCGCAGGGCGGCAUCGCGUGCAUUUCUUCUGGCUGUGCCGCUGCCCUGGGUGUCGGCUCCUGUGACCAAGCAACGCUCUUGGCAGCAUUGGCGCGCUCGAAAGAGAUUCUUUCCAAGGCGCAGGAUGCCCUGGAUUCUGACUUUGGCGAGCUCUGCCGACGUCACGGAGGGUUUCGCCGAAGUCAAAAUGUGGGGCUGGGCGCGCCAAGCGAAGUGGCCACGACGGCGCUGGCGGCAGCUCAAGAGUCUUUGAGCACUUUGGAAGCCGACUUGCUCGCUGGAGGUGCUUGCACGGCUGUCCUUGGGCCUGUGUUGUACACCAACCUGGAGUUAUCCAAAAUUGGACUGGAGAAGGUUUCUGUGAUGGACCACCAGGUCACUCUGGAAGUGGCAGCUGGAAGAGGCCCUCUUGCGGAUGUCCCUCUUCGCCACCGAGUGGAUCUGGGUCUCCACCACACUGAGAUCUUGGUGGGUCUUCUUCGGACGCUCCUGCCUCAGGCUCUGCGUGCCGGGCGGCAGGAGCUGGUCAUGGUGGAGGUGGGGACAGGUAAAGCAGCCAGCACGGUCCACGUCCUCAAGACAGUGAAGCAAGCCCGGAUCUUCACCAUCGACCCCUGGAUGGAGCAGAACCGCAGCAAGGCGGCGAGAGGCGCCCUGGGCAUCCAAGCCGCUGCAGAGGCCGAGGCGCGGCGAUCUUUAGAGCCCUGGAGUAGCCGCGUGUCCAUCCUCCAAAUGACGGCGGACGAAGCGGCGAAAGUUCUCGCGGACUCCGCCUUUGACCUGGUUUUCCUCGAUGGCGGCCCCGUGAGGGAGUUGAAUGUCCCCAUCUUCAGGCCGAAGGUGCGAAAGGGUGGCAUCCUCUGUGGCCAUGACCUGCCACACAGCCCCGACUACGUGCAGGUCAUCCUGCAGCAUGUCCCCCCGGGCCAGACGCUGGACGUGGGACCGGCUCUGGAGUACGCGAGGCUCCCCGCUCGAGCUUACCGGCUGCUACCAGAAGAGCAGACGACCGCAGCGAUGUCAAGAGGUAGGAUGGGUGCGAACACGAUGGAGGAGCAGGCAUGGAUGAUGCCCUGGACAGAGGACAGCUCGGAGCAUGUGAACUUCGACUUCGCUAUGUCUGAUGGCUACUACAUGCCGCAAGAGCUCUCGGAGGGCCCCGACUACGCCUUUGGCCAUGGAGAGGAAUCUGGCAUGGAUGCUGAAAGGGCUCAUGGUGGUCAGGUCGUUCAGCUGAACUUGGAGCAGUCUGUGGGUGAAGCGGGGCCGAUCAUGAUCCCAGACUUUUCCGAAAUGUCUGA